AUGGAGACACAAUUCCCUACAUUGGGGCGGCGCCUUCCUGUGGCUAACCGCCCCGUUAAGAUUGCUGUCACGGUAGCGGACUCUAAGGACCUUAUUCCUAAGGCUCCCCCCGUGGCUCGUAAGUGGGCUGUACCUCCAGCAGCAGAUGCUGCUCAGUCUUCCUUCUGCGCCGGGGUUUUGUUCCCCCCCGUGUCUGCUGCUGCAGCAAGACACCAGCAGCACCCGCGAGGUGCAGCAGCAGCAGCAGGAUCUGUGACACCCCUGCAUGCAAGCCCCUGGAAGCUGCCACCGCUGCAGCAGCAGCAGCAACAGCAGCAGCAGGAAGCUAUGAAAAAAUCCCUUGCUGCUCCACCAGGCGCUCCUGCUGCUCCUGCUGCUCCUGCUGCUGCUUCUGCUGCUUCUAGGCCCGCUGAGUCAUCUGCAGCAGCAGCACCAGCAGCAGCAUCAACAACAACAGCAACAGCAACAGCAGCUGGAAAUGCAGCAGCAACUCCAGCAGCAGCAGCAGCCGCUCCAGCUGCAGGUGCAGCAACAGCAGCAGCGCCAGCAGCAGCAGCAGCAGCAGCAUCCGAAGCAGCAACAAAGAGCACAGCAGCAGCUCCUGUCUCUGCUAUAUCUCCCCCGUCUCCUCCUGUCUCCUUUGCUGCACUCAAGUUACCUUCUGCUGCUGCAGCAGCAGACCCCGGAGCUGCUUCCAGCUCUCAACCGUCUUUGGCUGCUGGCCUAAACAUUGGGGGUACUGUCUCCUUGUCAACACUCAUCGCAAAAAAUAAUAGAAAAUGUAUAAGCGUGAGUGUAAGGGGUCGAGCUGUGAAUACACUGGCGGGUACAGCGAAGCCAUCGGGGUCAGCAUGGAAGAGUGGUGCAGCAGAAGCAGCAGCAGCAGCAGCAGCAGCAACAGCAGCAGCAACAGCAGCAGCAGCAGCAGGUGGUCCUGGUUCAUCUAAUGAUCGUAUGGGGGGCUAUUUGGGCUCAUCUUCUUACGGUUAUGGAGGUCCAGGCAGCAGCAGCAGCAGCAGCAGCAGCAUGGCAGCAGCAGCAGCAGCAUAUGAUGGUAUACACCCGAGGGUCUCCUCCUUAUCCGAGGAAGCAUACCCUGUACUAAGCGUAGCAGCAGAGAGGGCGAGGACGGAGGUACCAAGAGAUAAGCAGAAGCCUAAGAGGCCUAAGAAGCCUGCUGCUGCUGCUGCUGCUGCUGCAGGAGGUGCAGCAGGAGGUGCAGCAGGAGCAGCAGAUGCACCUGCAGCACCUCUAACGGGCAGCACUAAGAAAGUCGGACUGCAGCAGCUACAUGAACUACAAUCGGUUAUGGCUGCUGCUGCUGCUGCUGCUAGACCCAGCAGCAGCAGCAGCAGCAGCAGCAGCAGCAGCGGGCUGCUAGCUUCUGCUCCUAAUGGAGCUUCAUCUGCAGCUCAUUUCCCUCCUCUUGUUGCUGCACCAUUCAAUGCUGCAGCAGCAGCAGCAGCAGCAGCAGAGCAGCAGCAGCAACAGCAGCAUCAUCAGCAGCAGCAUGGCCGUCGUGGUGCACAGCAUCAGCAGCAGCAGCAGCAGCAGCCACAGGAGGUGCUGCAGCAGCAGCAGCGCGAGCUGCUGCGGCAGCAAACAGAGGAAGGCCUUAGAUGUGACGCAGAGAGAGAGAAGGAGAUGAGGCAACGAGCACUAAAAAAACUACAAGAAUUAGAUGCUCGUCUUGCUGCUGCUGGUGCUGCUGCUGCUGCUGCUGCUGCUGCUGGUACUGGUGCACAACAGGCACCUGCAGCAGAAGCAGCAGCAAAGGAACAGCCGCAGCAGCAAGAUCAGCAGCAGCAACAGCAGCAGCAAGGUAAACAGCAGGAACAGUCAUGGAGACAGAUGCAGAGAUCCUCCCUGCAGCAAACGGAUGCAGCAGCAGCACAACUCUCUCCCCCACAGCAGCAGCAGCAGCAGCAGCACGGAGUCAAUGGGACGCCCAACUGGCGCAGUCGUCGUAACAUGGAUGACCGUCGCCAGCAGCAGCAGCAGCACGAUGACGCGCAGCAGCAGCAGCAGCAAGGUCGUGGACAAGAAGAUGCGCAUACACGCAGACAGCGGCCAAUUUAUGACCAGCAACAGCAGCAGCAGCAGAAUGAUGCUAGCAGCAGCAAAGCUGCUGCUACGCCGCGAGAGGAGCUGCGGUGGCGUAGCGGUGCUCGUCAGCAGCAGCAACAGCAGCAGCAGCAGGGCGAGCAUGGUGGUGCUGCUGCUGGUGCUUCCCCAUCUGAGGAUGCUGCAGCAGGGGCAGCACCAACAGGAGCAGGAGCAGCAGCAGCAGCAGCAGCAGCUUUGCUGCCGAAGCAGCAGUUGCCGCGGGGUAUGCUGCCGCUGCCAGGGUCUCUUAGAGGCCGCCACCGUGGGGGAAUGCAUGACCACGAGCAGCAGCAGCAGCAGCAGCAGCAAAGUCGACCACAGAGCUGGAGGAGGGCUCAGGCCAAUACAGGAGAUGCCCACAGUCAGCAACCCCAGCAGCAGCAGCAGCAGCAGC